GGCCAGCGCUCAGGACCAGCUGCCCCGCACAUCGCGGAGACGCGGCGCUGCCGGCAGCGGCUCUCACCUGGGCUGCUCGCUGCCGACUGGCGGAUCGCUCAGCCGGAUCCCCGGGGCAGAUGCUCCGCGCCGUGUCAGGGAGCGGCAGUCGGCGGACUCUCUGACCAUGAAGCGGAGAUGCUUCCCGUGCUAAGCGGGCUGUGGCUGCGGAUGGACUCUGCCACAACCAGGAGGAUCCAAACUGCAAUUUGUAAGAACAAAAACCUGUGAUAAUCCGGGGGGGAAAGAGAGGAAAAACAAGAGGGGAAGCAAGACAGGAGCUAACGUUGGGACCGGAACAGCAUGUGCCUUGGACUGAAAUAAAUCAGAGGUCAUUUCGUUCCAUCAGAAUUAGAUGGGGACAGUUUGUUGCAACGGCUCAUGCUAUACUUGGAGUGAGAAGAUGUCUCUCAACUGUUAUCGGAGCAGCAUUGCUGACAGAAAUGGCUUUCUGGUCCAGUGCAACAGUCCCGCCAUAUAAAGUAUCACAGCGGGUGCUCUUUGCCUUUACACUCUCUCUCUCCCUCACCUAUGUGUGCUACACUUUGAUGAGUUGCUACACCUCCAUCCGGUUCCCAUUGCACGACACCGGCUACCUGUCCCAGUCCCGGGCCGAGCAGAGGGCGGAGGAGGCGGCUGAGGAGAGACCGACCUCCCCAAGGCUCCGGGUCAGGGUGGAGACGGUCAGUUCGGCCGGGCCGCCGGCAGAGGCUGCAGGCAGCACGGGAGGUUGGAGAGCCGCCAGCCCGCCUCAGCUAUCCACGGUGCAGAACUGGCUGGAGAGGGACGUCCAGGAAUCGAGUACCCCUGACUUUGGCGUGCAACGCCUUCCUCAGGCCAUCAUCAUUGGCGUGAAGAAAGGAGGGACGAGGGCGCUGCUGGAGGCGAUCCGAGUGCACCCGGACGUUAGGGCAGUCGGGGUCGAGCCCCACUUCUUCGACAGACACUACGACAAGGGGCUGGAAUGGUACAGGAGUUUGAUGCCGAAGACAUUGGACGGACAGCUCACCAUGGAGAAAACACCCAGUUACUUUGUCACCAGAGAAGCACCAAAACGAAUCUUCUCCAUGGCAAAGGGCACCAAGCUGGUGGUGGUGGUCCGGAACCCAGUAACCAGAGCCAUUUCAGACUACACCCAGACACUGUCCAAGAAACCUGAGAUUCCAACCUUUGAGGUUCUGGCCUUCAAGAACAGGACCCUGGGCCUGAUCGAUGCCUCUUGGAGUGCCAUCCGCAUUGGGAUCUAUGCCUUACACCUGGAGAACUGGCUCCAGUUCUUUCCCCUUUCCCAGAUCCAUUUCGUCAGCGGGGAGAGGCUCAUCAUUGACCCGGCUGGAGAGAUGGGAAAAGUUCAGGACUUCUUGGGCCUCAAGAGGAUCGUCACAGACAAGCAUUUUUACUUCAACAAAACCAAGGGAUUUCCGUGCCUGAAGAAACCUGAAGACAGCAGCCUGCCAAGAUGCCUCGGGAAAUCCAAGGGGAGAACUCAUCCAAAAAUAGAUCCUGAUGUAAUCCAUAGACUGCGAAAGUUUUACAGACCUUUCAACAUCAUGUUCCAUCAGAUUACAGGAGAAGACUUUGAUUGGGAAAAGGAUGAAAAUCAAGAAAUUAUUUGAGCAUGUCAACAUCCAGAAGUUCAAUAGAAGAGUAUAGAAACUGGUUUCUUAUUGAAGAAAGAUAUAGAACUAAUAGGGCCAUAUUGAUUGUCCUUCAAAAUAUAGAAUGUUAAUAAGAUUGUAAUUAAUAAAAAAAGAGGAAUGAUUUUUCAGCUAUAUUACAGAUUACCAAAGGUGUUAUGCUUAUGAAUUGUGGUUAUUUUAGAGAUGAUUUUCAUGUCAAGGUCAGCUUAAUUUGCUGUUCUUUUCUCACAGUUUCCUUCGUCCACAUCAGAUUGGUUGAUAAAAUCUCCUGAGGAAGCUCCAAUCUGUCUUUAUUGUGUCUCCUUCAGGACAUUGCAUCUUUGGUUGAUUUACUUUGCUAAUGCAAGGACCAAUGUUUCACCAUAGAGGUCACAGAAAAAGAAAACAAGCAAAGGGGAGAGCCUUCUGAUCAUUGCAGUGAGAGAUGGAAAUGCCGGGUGCAGUACAAGUUCGAUUCUAGCCGCAAAUAUCAAGCAGUUGGUGGCAGGUAGAAGGGGGAGUUAGAUUCAGGGUCAAGCUAAUUUCAAGGUGUCACAUUGAACUCUACUGUGCCAGGUAGAAUGGUGGACAGAUAGACCUAUGUACUUCCUCAGUUUUACUAUUUAAUUCCUCCAGUGUCUGUGCACCAAUCACAAUACUGUCAGGGUGAUGAGCAUGAUGUAAAUUUGGUCAGUGACAUUGGUUGUGUUCCUCUAUAUCUGAGAAAGUCCCAUAGUAAGCCAUAUUUCAGUGCAAACACAGGGUGAUACUUUUUAUAAUGUUCCGCACCUUAAGUGUGCAAGGACCUAAUAUUAUCAUCCAUUCACUAAUUUUUGCGAGAAAGAACAGUCUUGAAAUAUAAAAGCAUAGAAAACAGGUGCAGGAGAAGACCACCCAGCCCUUCAAGUCUGCUCUGGUACAAAGCGAUACACACAAAAUGCUGGAGGAACUCAGCAGGUCAGGCAGCAUCUAUGGAAAUGAAUAAAUAGUCAAUGUUUCGGGCCGAGACCCUGUAACAGGACUAGAAAGGAAGAGGGGAAAGCCAGAACAAGAUGGUGGGGAGAAAGGGAGGAGUACAAACUGGAGGGUGAUAGAUGAGACCAGUGGAGGGGAAGGUGGGCGAGUCCCUUAUUUUCUUCCUUUCUUUGAUCCAAACUGGAUCUCCCGAAUCCCUUAUCCUCCCUUCCCACCUUCCAAACAAGUUGUUACUGUUUAUCCCCCUGUCUCCAGUGCCAUUUUCUGCCUACCAUCCUGUCCAUCCGGCUUUCCAAAUUCUUCUUCUCAUUCUUGGUGUAUGUAUAGCCAUGCCUAUAAAGGAUAAGGGGUCUUCUUGCAUUCUGUGCAUCAGCCUUCAGCCCAGCAUCUUUGCACCUGUUUGCAGCAUCGGUAUUUUGAGAUA